CGCCAGAUCUUGUGAACAAAACAAACGAACAACAGUGACGCAGAGCCCUCUUUUUAAAAAACAAUCUGGUUUCCGGAAGUAGCGAUAAAGAGUUACGAAACCAGACUCCUUUGUUACACGUUAGUAAUCUAAUAACGUUGCAUUAAGUCGUACACAGCUCUGGUUAAUUAAAGCGAAUACUAAGAGCUCCACCGUAGUGAGCGGAUAUUUUUUAAUUAGCAUUUUUGUUCUUAAUUAUAGCUAUGGCCAUAACUAAUAACGUUUAGCUUCGUAGUGGUUAGAUUAAACUAAUUCAGAACUUGUGCCACACAUAAACUGUUCGUCCCGUCUCAUGGGAACCUCUUAGCUCCGUCUGGGUGUAAUGACAUGACCUGUACAUAACAAAUGUUAUGCGGGGAGAAAUUCUCAGGAAAGUACUGGGCGAGGGGCAAGUCAGCUAACAGACUGUGUGUUCAAUGGACAGAGGCAGCGAAGACGACGCGCCUCCCGAUGAAAAUUGUGGAUGCCAUGCAGCCAGCACGGAAGACGGAGAGGUGGAGGUUACACCUGCAUGCAGCCUUUCAGGUGGAGUUGCAGAAAUUUUGGCCCACGGAAUCUGGGGACUUUUGAAUCAGGAACAGGAGAGGAUGACUGGCCCCACUAUGUUUGGAGAGCAGGGAGAUGUUGUUGAUCCCCCCUCUGUGUCUCCCAUCAGCCUUAUGGAUACCUGUGCUCCCUCCAUAUCCACCCUUCCCUCCUGCUCAUACUCCUCCAGCCGUCACACCGACUUUUCCUCCUCAUCUUCUUCUCCCUUGUCCUUGUCUCCACCCUUGCCUCCUUCCGUGGAGCUUUCAGCUGUGUUGACUGAUACAAGAUUGACCCUGGAUGUGUACCGGGGAGGUGCAGCUGCAUUGCCCCUCCUUUGGGAGUCCAUCCCGGGGCAGCUGAAGGGCCUUCAGUACCUGAGGCUGGGCUCUGAGGAAAAAGCAGGGCUGGAUGGUGCACUGGAUGUCCUGUCCCAUCUGACAAAGCUACGAUCACUGGCUAUUCGGGGACACUGUUUACAUGACUCAAGAGGUGACCCCCUGCCUGGCCUCCUCACCACCUUACCAGCAUCUGUUUCCUUACUUUCCCAUCUGGUGCACCUGGAUCUCUCCUUCAACCAGCUCUCCUGUUUACCAUCCUGUCUGCUUAGCCUUUCCAUGUUGUCCUCGUUGCUCCUCUGUCACAACCACCUCUCGGCUUUGCCCUCUGAUAUAAGCCAGCUUUCCUCCCUCACCUACCUCUCCCUCCUGGGGAAUGAGCUGGUGUCUCUCCCCCCGGGUCUGGGUCAACUGAAAGCACUACAGACUCUGGAUGUGUCAAAUAACCUCCUCCAGGAGCUACCUGACGAAAUUGGUUCACUGGAGGAGCUUGUUAAGCUGGAAUUGUCCCAGAACAAGCUAAAGCAGCUACCAGAGAGCAUGGGUUCUCUCCUUUCACUCAGGGAACUUGUCAUCUACAGCAAUGACCUCCGUCUGAUCCCACUCUGUCUGAACAAACUGCCUCUGCUUAAAAUAGACGUCCGUGACAAUCCCCUGGGACGACCUCCAACUCCUCCUCCUCUCUCUCCUACACCUGAUGAAGCAGAAACAAAACUCCCAGAACUGCACAUUGGGUUUAAUCAGCACAGUUUCUGCAUUUCGUCUGCCGGGUGUCACGUGUUCCUCCCAGGGGGGGCUGAGCUGGUGUUCCCCCCAGGAUGCAUAGUGACAGCCACAAAACUGGCCUGGGCCGAGAAGAGGCCACAGCGAAAGUGGGUACAGCUGGAGGAGCAUGAGAUCCUUCUUAGUCGUCCGCUGGAACUUCGUCCUCAUGGAGUCACAUUUUUAAAGCCUGUGGAGGUAUGUGUGCCAUAUCACCGGACGAAAAGAAAGGAGGUGGUGGUGCGGACGUUUGAUGGACAGUCAUGGAGUACUUUGCCCACUGAGCUAAGGAGAGGAAGUGAGAGCCAUAGCAGUCGCCCUGGGGGACGUCCAGCCAGGCUGGCAUGCUGCUCAGUGAACCACUUUUCUUGGUUUAUGGCCGUGUCUCGCCCAGUAAAGGACAGCUGCGCUGUCACACCAGCCGGAGGCUUACUGGUGUCAAGUGCUGAUCCUGGAGUAAAGCUUCACUUUCCUCCGGAUUCCACAGUGGAGACUCGCACCAUCACUUUACAGGCCAUACAGUUGAUAUGUCCUGUUUGCAUCUGCUCCAUGGAGAUCCCACUGCCCAAACCUGGACUGACAUCACAGCACAAGUCUCUCUCUAUGUUACCCAUUUGUAUGCCAUUUUCUACAUUACGCAUUUCUCCUGGUACUGGCUCUGGUAUACUACACAGCGCUGCGUCAGUGGGGCGGUCAGGAAGAUCUACCAGAGGUUAAAACAGUUCAAAGUCCAGUUCCUGGUCCUCCAGAGGAAAACUGAUCCUUCACAGGUUCUGCUGCAGUGCUUACCUUCUAACAAGGUAGAGAGCAGAAUGCAGUCUUUGACAGAACAAUAUGAUGGACCCCAGCCUUCAGACCUGUGUGACCUGCUGGAAGGAGAGCAGUUCUUUGCUGGCUUUGAAAGAGGCUUAGAAAUCAGCACAG